AUGUUGCUUUCACAAAUUGUCUUUUUUGUCUCAUUCUACUCUCCAAAUUAUUCCUAUUUCCUUCCUUUCCUACCAUUGCAAUAUUUGUCUACCAUUCUCAUUCUUCCUAACCAGGCCAUUAGCAAUAUUUUUCUCUUUCUUCAUCUACAAGCCAAUUAUCGUUUGUCAUGUUUUAUUCUUAUUCUACCAGCAAUAUUUGUCUUUUCUCCAUUUAUUUUCCUCCAGCAAUUACGUUUGAUCAUCCUGCCUCCUCUUCCUAUUCCAGCAAUGUUUGAAUUCUUUGCCUCUUUAGUUCAAUGUUUUUCUCAAUAUUUGCCUCUUUCCUUUCAUUUUCAGUCGUUCUUUUUUAAGCAAUAUUUGAAUACGUCUUCCCUCUAUUCCCAAUAUUGUCUUUUUUUUUCUCUUCCAAUCCCAGCAAUAUUUGUUUCUCCACAACAUCCUUUCUCUCAAUAUUUGUCUUUUUUCCACCAAUUACAGUUGUUUCCUCUAAGCAAUAUUUGCCUCUUUCCAUCAUUUCCUUCCAUUCGUAGGUUGAAUACGUUUGUCUCCUUUCAAUCCUUUGUCUCGAAGCAAUAUUCAUUCUGUCUCAUUUUUCAGAAAUUCGUUACCAAUAUUUCUCUCUUUCCAUCUCAGUACAUUGUUUACGUCUCCUUAGACUCCCAAUCCUUUUUGUCUCAAUAUUUGCCUCUUUCCAUCAAUUUUACAAUGUUCGUUACGUUUGAAUCGUCUUGCCCACACUUUCAAUCGUUUUUUAGCUCUAAGCAAUAUUUGCCUCUUUCCAUCAUUUUCAGAAAUUCCUUACCAAUAUUUGUCUCUUUCCAUCAUUUUUUUCAGCAAUGUUUGUUACGUAGGUUGAAUACGUCUUGCCUACUCCCAAUCAUUUGUCGCUCAAAGCAAUAUUUUUUCCAUCAUUUUACAGAAAUUUCUUCCUACCAGCAAUAUUUGUCUCCCAAUCCUUUUUUCCUACCAGCAAUAUUUGCCUCUUUCCAUCAUUUUUCAGAAAUUUCUCUAAGCAAUAUUUGCCUCUUUCCAUCAUUUUUCAGAAAUUCGUUACGUAGGUUGAAUACGUCUUGCCUACUACCAAUCCUUUUUUGCAAUAUUUGCCUCUUUCCAUCAUUUUCAGAUACCGUAGUUGAAUAUUUGCCUCGACUCCCCAAUACUUUUCCUUAUUUGCCUCUCAGAGUUCAAUGUUUGUCUCCUUACAAAUUUCUUCCUUUUUAG